UUGGCGCCGCCGACCCGGCCGAUCCCGAGCGGUGCUGACGGAGGGCGAUGGCCCGGGACCGCCGGCGCCAGUAACGGGGAGGUGUCGCGAGCCGCCGAGGCUGCGCCGAGCCCUGGUGCCGGGGCCGCUCGCCCGCCGCCCUCCCGCCCGCGCGCGCGCCCCCCCGCCCGUCCGCCCGCCUCGCGGCCGCUCUCCCCCUCCCCGACACACACACACAGCCGGGCAUUGAUGGUAAUGUAUGCGAGGAAACAGCAGAGACUCAGUGAUGGCUGUCACGACCGGAGGGGGGACUCGCAGCCUUUCCAGGCACUUAAGUAUUCGUCAAAAAGUCACCCCAGUAGUGGUGAUCACAGACAUGAAAAGAUGCGAGACGCCGCAGAUCCUUCGCCACCAAACAAAAUGUUUCGGAGAUCGGAUAGUCCUGAAAACAAGUACAGUGACAGCACAGGUCACAAUAAGGCCAAAAAUGUGCAUACUCAGAGAGUUAGAGAAAGGGAAGGUGGGACCAGUUACUCUCCACAAGAAAAUUCACACAACCACAGUGCUCUUCAUAGUUCAAAUUCACAUUCUUCUAAUCCAAGCAAUAAUCCAAGCAAAACUUCAGAUGCACCUUAUGAUUCUGCAGAUGACUGGUCUGAGCACAUCAGCUCAUCUGGGAAAAAGUACUACUACAAUUGUCGCACAGAAGUUUCACAGUGGGAGAAACCAAAAGAAUGGCUCGAAAGAGAACAGAGACAAAAAGAAGCAAAUAAGUUGGCAGUUAAUAGUUUCCCAAAAGACAGGGAUUACAGAAGAGAGGUGAUGCAGGCAGCAGCCACUAGUGGGUUCACCAGUGGAAGUGGAAUGGAAGACAAGCAUUCCAGCGAUGCCAGUAGUUUGCUCCCACAGAAUAUUUUGUCUCAAACAAGCAGACACAAUGACAAAGACUACAGACUGCCAAGAGCAGAGACUCACAGUAGCUCUACGCCAGUCCAGCACCCCAUCAAACCAGUGGUUCAUCCGACCGCUACCCCAAGCACUGUUCCUUCUAGUCCAUUUACGCUUCAGUCUGAUCACCAGCCAAAGAAAUCAUUUGAUGCUAAUGGAGCAUCUACUUUAUCAAAACUGCCUACACCCACAGCUUCUGUCCCUGCACAGAAAACAGAAAGAAAAGAAUCUGCUUCAGGAGACAAAUCAGUAUCACAUUCUUGCACAACUCCUUCCACAUCUUCCGCCUCUGGCCUGAACCCUACGUCUGCGCCUCCAACAUCUGCUUCAACAGUACCUGUUUCUCCUGUUCCACAAUCACCAAUACCUCCGUUACUUCAGGACCCAAACCUUCUUAGACAGUUGCUUCCUGCUUUGCAAGCCACACUACAGCUUAAUAAUUCUAAUGUGGACAUAUCCAAAAUAAAUGAAGUUCUUACAGCAGCUGUGACACAAGCUUCCCUGCAGUCCAUCAUCCACAAGUUUCUUACUGCUGGACCAUCUGCGUUCAACAUCACCUCUCUGAUUUCUCAAGCUGCCCAGCUUUCUACACAAGCCCAGCCAUCUAAUCAGUCUCCAAUGUCUCUUACAUCUGAUGCUUCAUCCCCAAGAUCCUAUGUGUCUCCAAGAAUAAGCACACCUCAGACUAACACAGUCCCUAUUAAACCUUUGAUUAGUACUCCACCUGUUUCAGCACAGCCAAAGGUUAGUACUCCAGUAGUUAAGCAAGGACCAGUGUCACAUUCUGCUACACAGCAGCCUGUAACUGCUGACAAGCAGCAGGGGCAUGAACCUGUCUCUCCUCGAAAUCUUCAGCGCUUAAGCAGCCAGAGAAGUCCGUCACCUGGUCCAAAUCAUACAUGUAGUAGUAAUACAUCAGCUGCAGCUGUGGUACCACAGAAUGCAUCUGCUCGCCCUGCAUGCUCACUAACACCUACUCUAGCAGCGCACUUCAAUGAUAACCUCAUAAAACAUGUGCAAGGGUGGCCUGCAGACCAUGCAGAGAAACAGGCAUCAAGAUUGCGAGAAGAAGCCCAUAAUAUGGGAAGUGUUCACAUGUCAGAAAUAUGUACUGAGUUAAAAAAUUUGAGAUCUUUAGUUCGAGUAUGUGAAAUUCAGGCAACUUUGCGAGAACAGAGGAUACUGUUUUUGAGACAACAAAUUAAGGAACUCGAAAAGCUAAAAAAUCAGAAUUCCUUCAUGGUUUGAAGAUGUGAAUAAUUGCACAUGAUCUCAUACAGGAACUGUAAAUCUGUUGCCCGGUCAUAACAUGUUGAGCUGCAUUUAAGUGGACUGUGGACCGUUAAGCUGGGCAAUGGAAUGACACAGGGACGGGGGUCUGUGAGAGUCAAUUCAGGGGAAAGACACAAGAUUGAUUUGUAAAUCCCUUGAAAUGUAGAUUUCUUGUAGAUGUAUCUUCACGUUGUAAAUAUGUUUUGUAGAGUGAAGCCAUGGGAAGCCAUGUGUAACAGAGCUUAGACAUCUGAAACUAAUCAAUGCUGAGGUGGCUAAAUACCUAGCCUUUUACCUGGAAACCUGUCUGCAAAAUUAGCUUUUUUUAAAAAAAGAAAAAAAUUGGGGGGUUAAUUUAUCAUUCAGAAAUCUUGCAUUUUCAAAAAUCCAGUGCAAGCACCAGGUAGUCUGUGUCUGAGGAUACGAUUUUGAACCUUAUGAGCAGUGUAAAAAUAUCAUGAGACAGCUGGCCAGCACUUGCAUCUGAUCAAGAGCGGUGCUGCUCCGUUUGUUUUGCAAAGAAAUUUUUUUCGUUUUCUGUAUGUUCCAUUCCCUCUGAAGUCCUUGGCCUGAUUUUAUCCAUUUUUUAAAGGUGCCCCCUUCCUUUCUUAGGGCACUGUUGCUGUGGCACUUUUCUAUAACCUUCUCAUUCCUGUGUACAGUAGCUGGAAGUUGCCGUGAUCGAGCAUAACCCAGUUUGUAUAAAUUAUUGAAAUCCAUUUGCACCCUCUAAGGAUGGACUUAAAGAUACUGCUGGGCGAGUGUGCUGAAAGUACAUUGACUGCUCAAAUAUAAGGAAGUGGCCCAAUGAACAUGGUUGUGGGAGGGGAAAGGAGAAACAAAGCUAGUCAGAUGUGAAUUGUAUCUGUUGUAAUAAACAUGUUUAAACAAACGAAUUUUGUUACUUUUUUUUAUUCUUUCGGGCAGUGCAUACUAGAAUUUGAACAACAUGGGAAUUCUUUAUCAAAACUGUUCUUGUUGAAUAUUUAUGUCUUACUACAAUGAUUCCUUAAAGGGAAGCUUUGUUUAAAGCAUAUCAACAAUAAAUUGUGUAAAAGAUAUUUAAUGAAUGUGAAAUCCAACAAGAAUUAGGAGUCAUUUCCCAAGUGGUGUCAUUUGUUCAGACUGGUUUACCUGUUUUGCUAUUGUGACACUUCAUUUUGAAGGCUGUUGUAGCUAUCUCUUCAAGUCUGGUGCUGACUACUCUUAGCAUCACAGAAUACUCAGUUUGUGUCAUGGAGUUUCCUGCUGUGGGAAAGCUCAGCUUUGUAUAGUGUUUCCAAAAGUAUAUUAAAAUAAAAAGCUAUUGCUACUAUAAAACUAC